CGCCGAAGUUUCCCAAUUCGAGUAAAAGGAAACAGAGUCUCCUACCUGCUCGUCAUAAGCGACAGUUCCUACGUGCAUUCUAUAUGUAUUGGUCCAAUUCAGAGACUCACUCCCACUCCUCACUCCCUUCUCUCUAUGGAGCCGCUGUCGCUGGUUUGUUUUGGUGUUUGGUUGGUGUGUUUUGCUGUUUCGUUGCAGAUGAAGAGCAAGAACAGUAACAAAAAGGCCUCUCCGUUACCGAAAAAAGAUGAGAAAAAUGACAAGAAGAAGAAGAAUGGCGACGGCGGCGGAGAACGGAAAACGAAGAGAGAUGCCAUAGACAAGCCAAAGGAAAAGCUAGAACAGAAGAAAUCCAAUGAGAAACCGCCGGACGAGGAAAAGAAGAAAGAGAAUCGCGUUGACAGAGAAAGGAAUAAGAAGAAAGAGGCCAAAGACAAGGCAAAGGAAGAACCACAAGUGAAGAACCACAAGGAGGAGAAGAACAAGGAUGAGCAGAAUAAGAGCAAGAUAAACAACAAAGACGAUGGAAGAAAUAAGGACGACAAAAAAAAGAAUGUUGGUGCUGGAGAAGAGAAUAGGAACAAAGAGGCCAAAGACAAGCCAAAGCAAAACCCAGAAGAUAAGAAUUCAAAGAAAACAUGGUUGAAGGUGAAUCUGAACUGCAAUAAAUGUAUUCCAGAUAUUGUCAAAAUUGCCUUCAAAACCAAAGGAUUGCAAGAGAUCUCUUUAAACAAACAAAAUGACCUAGUAAUGGUAAGAGGGACUAUGGACGUGGAAGUUCUGGUGAAAGCAUUGAAAAGGAAGCUCAAAAUAUUGGUCGAGAUUGCUGAAUCGAAGAAGGAAUGCCGCCGCCAGGAGAGUGGGAGUGUCAAUGUCAUUGGCAUUGGUGGUAGCGGUGACAAUGGCAGAGAUGGUGAGAAGAAAGAAAAAGGCGGUGGUGUGGAGUGGUGCAAAUUUGUCGAAUUUAUAGCUGACAUAUUUCAAAAAAUUACUGAAUUUGUCUUUGCUGCAUAACUGAAUUAGUGUUUGUUGAAUAAAUCUAGUUUGUUUUCAGUAUUCCACUUAUUUAGGAAUACAGAUUGUCUUCCUCUUAUUUAGGCAAACUUUUUUAGUCGGUUGAGAUCUUUUAGGAAAAAAAUUCUAGUAUGUAUAACCUUUGUAAUCCUAGUUUUGCUUUAGUUCUCCAUUGAGUAAUAAAAUUCAGUUUCAACACCAUCCCUGUCUUUUUUUUUUUUUGGUUGCUUCCGGUCUCUAUAUUUCUUACAUGGUAUCAGA